AUGGAUUUCCCACUCGAAAAUGUCUUCCCAACCUGCUGCGAAUCCCUCAAACUCAGCAACCCACUCAGCAAUCGACCCCCAGAACUCACACAUUUCUUCGGCCCCAGGAUCGUGAAUCCGCUCCGAGCACUCAACAAUCGUCCUUCUAUGACCAUGCCCGUCGGUUCUCCGUACGUUAUCCAAAUUACACCCGUGUACCGGCAAGAGUUAGGAAAGAGACCAUCACGAUUUUUCUUUAGAAGACCUGAAAAUCCGGAUCCGGAGGGAGGAAAAUUUGAGGGAAGCUGGGUAUGGAGGGGAGCAUUUUUUGCUGGGACUGUAGAGAUGGUACGCAUGAGUGGUCGUAUGAGGCGUUGGUUUGGAGUCGUUGAUUUGGAGGAUCUUGAGAAGGGUUACCUUUGGAGAAGAGCAGAAUAA